UGACCAACACCCACUUCGAGAUCGAGGCGGCAGUCUAUUCCCCCCGCUUCCAGACGGGAUAUUACCCCCUGCUGAUGAUGCCGAAUAGGAACUGGGUGAUGAUUCUUGCCUGGGAGCUAUGGGAGGCAGGCGAGCAGGUUCCCCCCUGGAUGAAUCACCACGCCGACGGCGACCUUGCAUCUGCAAAGUGGUCGACUGUCAUCGACCAGAUGACAGGAACGGCCUGGGUAGCUGUCAAGCCAGAUCUGGUCGGCCCGAUGGGUCCUGUAGCGUUGUAUUGGCAACCUUUGAUAUUGUGCAGAAAUGCAGAGCGACGUUCUUUGUACCUAUUGCCCCACGUAACGACGAUUCUAUUGUGGGCGGGAGCUGCCAGAGUAACGUUCAACGGCCCCAGGCUCGCUCCGACGUCCCUAAAUUCCAUGAACUUGCUGGGUCGUAAAAGCACAAAUUUUUCUGCUGUUCAUGGAAGGAAUCGAGUCUUUGAGCCCCAAGACGAAGAGGGGGUUUUCGACUUUUCGGUACGCCCCUGGGGCGAAAAAGGCAAUCGGAGCGAAUGAGGGCCACAAGAACCACCUUAAGUAAGGAGGUUAACUGCCCGUCAUACGUGUAUACCUUCGGGACCCAGGUACACAGUAUGCAGGUAAUGUGUGCUCGUGCUGUGCUAGUGGGCACGAACAGAUAAAGUAGGGACUAUGAUAGACCUAGGUUCCGCUCCUCUUCUUAAGGGGGUCUCUGGUCAGGAGACAAUCACUCAAGCAAAAGGCGUUCUCCACAUAAGUCUAAAAGCCAAUACAGAACGGGUGGAGUUACGGAGAAUUGCUAUGUAGUAGUCCAAGAGACUCUUCGGCCAUGUGCUACUUACCCUGCUUACCCCAACGUCGUUCAUAUAUG